GUUUUAUCAUGUGAUGGUGUGGUGUCAAGUCUAAAAGUGCAUUGCACAAUGUGCACAUUAUGCUGGGAGUGUAUCUGAGAGGUGGGUCAGUGUCUCACAACAUCAGUUUAAACAACAAGAGUCUCCUCUGUCCCGUCACUUGUGUGAUUUUGAUAACUUGGACAUCUAUCGUUGGCUGUGAUCUUCUCCUGCACUAAAAUGGUGUUGCUGUUGAAGCCGUACAUCAGUGUCCUUCUGCUGCUUCAGUUCAGACAGCAACUAUUGGCUCAAAACAGUGGACCUAAAGGAGAGAAGGGAGAUCGAGGAGUGCAGGGACCACCAGGUAACGCAGGAGUACCUGGGCCACUUGGACUCAGAGGAAUCAGAGGAGACCCAGCUGAAGAUUUAAUUACACCAAAAGUCAAGGACAUUGAAGAAAGACUGAGAGUCACAGAGGAAACUCUGAAAGAAUUGAAGCAAGAGAAUGAAGCCAAAAAGGUUGCAUUUUCAGCUGGACUUUUGGCAUCUGAAUUACAACAUACUGGACCCUUUGAUGAUCGAAGGACUCUGGUCUACCAAAAAGUCUUCACUAACACCGGAAAUGCAUUUAACUCAAACAAUGGUAUUUUUACAGCACCAGUAAAAGGAGUUUAUUUCUUCAGAUUUUAUGCUCAUUCUCACACUGGUAACCAAAUGGCAGUCAGUCUAUAUAAGAAUGAUCAACUUCAGUGUUCUGUGUUUUCUCUAAAAGCUGAGAGCAAUGCUAAUGGCAGCAAUGGUGUUGUUCUUACACUGGAGAGCGGUGAUAAAGUCUACACACAGUUGUGGGAGAACAGCUGGGUUUAUGAUGAUAAAGGAAGUUUCACCAGUUUCAGUGGUUUUCUGCUUUUCCCCAUGUAAAUGUCAGAUCCUCUAGCACAUUGAAUCCAGAGGGACUCUUAAUGUUUCCUUUCAGCAAAUAUACACAGUUUUCCAAAUCUUUUUUAUACAUUCUUUGCUCAAAAUUAAAGUUACUUAGAAAUCUGA